GAAAAAUGAAAGUAAGAAAAUCAUUUUGGCACAAGAAGAAAAUAUGCAGAUAGAAAUCACCAAAAUUAUAGAUAAAGCAGAAAUAGAAACAACAGAAGAAGAGAUACAGAUAGCAGAUAAAUUAGAUAGCCAAGAAGAAGCAGAAAGAAUAGAAGAAUUAGAGACUAGAUAA